CGGGUCAAUGGAAUCUUUAUGCCCAAAACCCUGAUUCGAGUAAUCAUUUAUUUGGUACCGCUCAAGGAGCGGGAACUACCAUUCUAACUCUUCUUGGGGGAUUCCAUCCACAAACACAAAGUUUGUGGCUGACCGAUAUGGCUCACCAUCAUUUAGCUAUUGCAUUUAUUUUUCUCAUUGCCGGUCACAUGUAUUGAACUAACUUCGGAAUUGGGCACAGUAUUAAAGAUCUUUUAGAAGCGCAUACUCCUCCGGGGGGUAGAUUAGGGCGUGGGCAUAAGGGCCUUUAUGACACAAUCAACAAUUCGAUUCAUUUUCAGUUAGGUCUUGCUCUAGCUUCUUUAGGGGUUAUUACUUCCUUAGUAGCUCAACAUAUGUACUCUUUACAUCCUUAUGCAUUCAUAGCACAAGACUUUACUACUCAAGCUGCUUUAUAUACUCAUCACCAAUAUAUUGCAGGGUUCAUCAUGGCAGGGGCUUUUGCUCAUGGAGCUAUUUUUUUCAUUAGGGAUUACAAUCCGGAACAGAAUGAGGAUAAUGUAUUGGCAAGAAUGUUAGACCAUAAAGAAGCUACCAUAUCUCAUUUAAGUUGGGCUAGCCUCUUUCUAGGAUUCCAUACCUUGGGCCUUUAUGUUCAUAAUGACGUCAUGCUUGCUUUUGGUACUCCAGAAAAGCAAAUCUUGAUCGAACCUAUAUUUGCCCAAUGGAUACAAUCUGCUCAUGGCAAGACGACAUAUGGGUUCAAUAUACUCUUAUCUUCAAUGAAUGGCCCCGCUUUCAAUGCGGGUCGAAGCCUAUGGUUGCCCGGAUGGUUGAAUGCUGUUAAUGAGAAUAGUAAUUCGCUUUUCUUAACAAUAGGACCUGGGGAUUUCUUGAUUCAUCAUGCUAUUGCUCUAGGUUUGCAUACAACUACAUUGAUUUUAGUAAAGGGUGCUUUAGAUGCACGCGGUUCCAAAUUAAUGCCAGAUAAAAAGGAUUUUGGAUAUAGUUUUCCUUGUGACGGCCCAGGGCGCGACGGUAAUUGUGAUAUUUCUGCUUGGGACGCAUUUUAUUUGGCAGUUUUCUGGAUGUUAAAUACCAUUGGGUCGGUUACUUUUAAUUGGCAUUGGAAACAUAUCACAUUAUGGCAGGGCAACGUUUCACAAUUUAAUGAAUCCUCCACUUAUUUGAUGGGAUGGUUAAGAGAUUACCUAUGGUUAAACUCUUCACAACUUAUCGAUGGAUAUAAUCCUUUUGGGAUGAAUAGUUUAUCGGUAUGGGCGUGGAUGUUCUUAUUUGGACAUCUUGUUUGGGCUACUAGAUUUAUGUUCUUAAUUUCCUGGCGGGGGUAUUGGCAGGAAUUAAUUGAGACUUUAGCAUGGGCUCAUGAAGGCACACCUUUAGCUAAUUUAAUUCGCUGGAGAGAUAAACCCGUGGCUCUUUCCAUUGUGCAAGCAAGAUUGGUUGGAUUAGCUCACUUUUACGUGGGUUAUAUAUUCACUUGUGCAGCUUUCUUGAUUUGA